AUGUAUCGAAACUCUGUUCUCCUGGUCCUCGCCAGCCUUGGAAUUGGCAAUGCUCAACUCAACCCCAACCAAGGCGCCGCCAUGAUGCGCUUCGCGUGCUCACAGCUUGUUGUUGAAAGAUUGGAUCCCCUAGUAUCUCCCGGAGUCAUCGGGUCUCCGCAUGUUCAUCAAAUUGUGGGCGGAAACUCUUUCAAUGCGUCGAUGGCUCCCGUUGCAUAUGAUCCGCCUUCGCGCUCAACAUGUACCAGUUGCACCUUCAGCGAGGAUUUCAGCAAUUACUGGACAGCGGCAUUGUACUAUAAAGCAAGAAAUGGCACGUUCAAGAGGGUAGGGCAGUUUGAAAAUGGUGGUCUUGUUCAGAAUGGCGGUAUAACAGUUUACUACAUCCCACCGUACGAUGGAGUCAGCAAUGUCACUGCUUUCCGACCGGGUUUCCGUAUGCUUGCUGGCAAUCCCACCUUACGAAGCACAGCAGGCGAAUCUCGUGGGAUCUGCCAUCGAUGCUUCGAAGGCGAUAACUUUACUCCCUUCGGUGGAGCUCCAUGCACAGGUAACGAUACUUCCGCAUUGCCAGAUCACUUUUGUGCUGGUGGAAUAAGGACAACUGUGACUUUCCCAACCUGCUGGGAUGGUGUGAAUUUGGAUAGCCCGGAUCAUCAAAGUCAUGUCGCUUACUCCACGAUUCCGUUUGAGCCAUACUACGAACCUUUGGCAACACGACCUUAUACAGCAGCACAGGAAAGAGGAAAGUGUCCCGAGGGCUUUCCGGUGAAAUUGCCUCAAUUGAUGUAUGAAAUAAUGUGGGAAACUCGGCCGUUCAACAAAAAGGAACUGUGGAACGAAGAUGGAUCUCAGCCAUUUGUAUAUGCCAUGGGUGAUGCCACUGGCCACGGACAGCAUGGUGAUUAUAUUUUUGGUUGGAAAGACGAUUCCCUCCAACGCGCAAUCAACGCCAGAUGUCGCAAUGAUAAGUGCAAAGAAUUGAAAAGCCAAUCGAACGAAGCAGCAAUGAGCUGUACGGUACCGCAGACCAUGAAAGAAGAUGUUGAAGGAAAUGAAUGGCUAGAAGAACUCCCUGGGGGCGUGAUGGUGAAUUGA